AUGUUUCGAAGCCAAAGCACGCCGCUGACGGGGACCUCGGCAUCCUCCUCGGGGGUCUUGCUCUCUCCGCGGUACGAUUGCAAAUCCCCGCGAUCUUUAUACCACGCGAGAACGCAGAAAAAGAAGAAAUCGCCGCUCUCGACGACGUGCUUCAUUUUGUGCGUUUUCGUGUUUUGUUUGGUGGUGGUUUUGCACCGGAUGGAGGUGAUUUUUGGCCGCCAUCCGCGCGCGAGGGGGAUGUCCGCGUUUUCGUUGCUCGCAAGUGGUGGUGAGAGAGGAGAUGAGGAGAUUGAGAAGGCAUCAGUAUCGUCGUUUCCGUCCAUCUCCUCGGAAUCUUUUUACUGGGCGUUGGUGACCGCGGACGAUAUACGCGUCGCGUUUUUUAAUCCCGUGUUGAAAGUUAUCGUUGGAUUUACGGCGUUCUUAUCCGCUUUAGUCGCGGCAGAUCGGGCGUUUCAUUUAUACGUCGCGUUUUAUUGGAAGUAUUUGUCGAGAAAAGACUAUUUGGACAGAUUUAAGCGGCCGAGCGGGAAACGAGUGCCGUCGUAUUCGAUGGAGGAAAUGCAACAAAGUUCACAUUCGUCGUUUUUGCCGCCGGGCGCGGAGUAUUAUUCAACCAUCCCAAACGUCGUCGUCCAACUCCCAAUGUUUAACGAAACCGCCUGUUGCGAAGAUAUCAUCAACGCCGCGUGUCGCAUGAAAUGGCCAAGAGAGCACUUCAUGGUGCAAGUUUUAGACGACUCCACGGAGUUGGAGGCUCGAGAGAUUGCGCAAAGCGCGGUGCAUCGAUGGAUGAGUCGAGGCGUCAACAUCCAAUACGUGUGCCGAGAAAACAGGAAAGGUUAUAAAGCUGGUUCGAUGUUAGACGCCAUGGAUUUGAUUGAAAACUACGAUUACGUCGCUGUUUUUGAUGCGGACUUUGAUCCUGAUAGCGAUUUUCUGUUCAAUACCGUCCCUUGGUUGAUGGAAAACGAAGACGUCGGUUUCGUUCAGACGCGAUGGACGUUUACGAACGCGAAAGAAACCGUUUUGACCAGAGUCCAAGAAAUUUCCUUGUCGUACCACAUGCUUUGCGAACAGUACGCGCGAUGCUCCGCCGGAUUAUUCUUCAACUUUAACGGCACGGCUGGCGUUUGGAGGAGAAAAUGUAUCGUCGACGCCGGCGGUUGGAACUUUCGCACGACCGUGGAGGAUAUGGAUUUGAGUUUACGCGCGUAUUUAAGAGGGUGGAAGUUUAUUUUCUUGAACGAUAUCACGUGCGAUAACGAGAUUCCGGCUGAAUACGACGCCUAUCGAAAGCAACAACACCGCUGGAGCUGCGGCCCGAUGCAACUGUGGAGGAAAGCGACAAAAACGAUUUUAGAGUCCAACGGCGUCUCGUUGGCAAAAAAAGUCUAUUUGAUCGUGUUUUUCUUUGGUGCGAGAAUGUUUGCAGCGCACAUCGUCAGUUUCUUCCUGUACUGUCUUCUUGUGCCUUUGUGCGCGAUAAGCCCGGAAAUACCAAUCCCAUUUUGGGCGUUAGUUUACACUCCAGUUCUCGUGACGAUGAGUACUGUCGUGUUCACCAAAGAAGGUUGGAAAACAUCAGUCGCGUUUGUUCUGUUUGAAAACGCGAUGUGUGUCGUGAAACUGUCAGCCAUGAUAUCCGGCUUGUUCGAGUUGUCCGACGCGCACGAAUGGGUGGUUACGAAAAAAUUGGGCAACAUGUUCUCGUCGUCGUCGUCGACGUCGACGACGCCUAAAGCGCGCAGAAAAAUCUAUUUCAAAGAGCUCUCGAUGGGAUCUUUCUUCCUUUUUUGCGGCGUCUACGGAAUACUCCAACACCAGCUCGUCCAUUACUCUUUGUUUCUCAUCGCGCAGUCUCUCGUCUUCUUCGCGUUUGGAUUCAAUAGAGUGACGUUUUGA